UUCUACCGCCCCCGCAGUAGGAAAGGGAGCGGGAGUGGGGGGGAAGGAAAGUGCUGUUGUAUGGAAAGGGGCGGAAGGAGGCGGAGGAAAAAAGAAAAAGGGAACAGAAACAUGGCCGUCAGCUGUCGGGGCAGCAGUGCAGCGCGUAGCUCCUAGGCAACCCGCUGCCCGCACGGCAGGCCUCCGGUGAGCCGAGGCGCCAGCGCGAGCUCGCGCUCCCGGCCGUUACCCCUCGCUGCAGGAGGCGCCCCUGGAGACCCAGCCCGGGAGCCGGCGCAGGCGCAGACCAGGCGGCGGUGGCCGCGGGAGCCAGUCCCCCGCCCUGCUCUGCCGAGAGAGACCAGGCCCGAAGCCGGCGCUUUCAUGCCCCAGGAAGGGGCUGUGCUCGGGUGGCGCUGAAGGAAGAUCGGGCAGCAGGAAACCUAGUAGCAGCCAUGAUAGAAAACAAAGGGCCAAGAGUGGUGGACUACUUUGUUGUGGCAGGUCUCACUGAUACAUCUACUCUUCUGGAUCAAGAAGUAAAUCGUUUAGAUACUAAGUCAACUGGACCUAAAGCUCCAAUUACAGACAUUGCAGUUAUUAACAAAUCAGCUGGGGAAACAGUACCUGAAGGUUACACCUGUGUUGAAGCCACUCCAUCAGGUCUCCAGGCAAACUUGAACUACGGAAGUCUGAAAAGUCCAGAACUGUUUCUCUGUUACAAGAGAGGGAGAGAGAAACCACCCCUUACUGACAUUGGAGUUUUAUAUGAUGGGAAAGAAAGGCUUAUUCCAGGAUGUGAAGUGAUCCAAGCCACACCCUAUGGUCGCUGUGCCAAUGUCAACAAUAGUUCAACUACUUCACAAAGAAUCUUUAUCACUUACCGAAGGGCUCCUUUAAUUCGGCCCCAGAAUUCUUUGGCUGUAACUGACAUCUGUGUUAUUGUAACCAGUAAGGGAGAAACCCCUCCCCAUACUUUCUGCAAAGUUGAUAAAAACUUAAAUUGUGGAAUGUGGGGUUCCAGUGUGUUUCUGUGUUAUAAGAAGUCUGUGCCUGCUUCUAAUGCUAUAGCAUAUAAAGCUGGUUUAAUUUUUAGAUAUCCAGAAGAGGACUAUGAGUCAUUUCCACUCUCAGAAUGUGUCCCUCUCUUCUGCCUUCCGAUGGGAGCUACUAUUGAAUGUUGGGAUCCCCAAAGCAAAUACCCACUUCCAGUUUUCUCAACUUUUGUUCUCACAGGUUCUUCUGCUGAAAAGGUAUAUGGAGCUGCAAUCCAGUUUUACGAGCCUUACUCUCGAGAACUUCUGACAGAAAAACAGCUUAUGCACCUGGGCCUGUUGACACCUGUGGAGAGAAAAAUGGUCUCUAAAUCCAUCAAUUCGAACAAAUGCAUUUGUUUACUCUCGCACUGGCCUUUUUUUGAAGCUUUUAGAAAAUUUCUCAUGUUUAUCUACAAACUUUCUGUGUCUGGACCACAUCCUCUUCCCAUUGAGAAGCACAUUUCACAUUUUAUGCAAAACAUCCCUUUUCCUUCACCUCAAAGACCGAGAAUCCUGGUACAGCUAUCAGUCCAUGAUGCAUUAAUAUUAUCACAACCAGUUUCUACACCUUUACCACUAAGUGGAGCUAACUUUAGCACCUUGUUAAUGAAUCUGGGUCCUGAGAACUGUGCAACACUCCUGCUCUUUGUUUUACUUGAGAGUAAGAUUUUGCUGCAUUCUCUGAGGCCAGCUGUGUUGACUGGAGUAGCUGAAGCUGUUGUAGCCAUGAUCUUCCCAUUUCAGUGGCAAUGCCCGUAUAUUCCCCUUUGUCCUCUUUUACUGGCGGCAGUGCUCAGUGCACCUUUACCAUUUAUAGUUGGAGUUGACUCGAGGUAUUUUGAUCUUCAUGACCCACCACCAGAUGUUGUUUGCAUUGACUUGGAUACAAACAUGUUAUAUCUAUCAGAUGAAAAGAAGAACAUGAACUGGAAGCAGCUUCCCAAAAAGCCAUGCAAAAAUCUGAUUAGCACCUUGAAGAAAUUGUAUCCCCAACUAUUCUCAGUUCACCGAAAAACUCAAGAAGGUUCAGCAAUUGAGAUGACUCCAAUUGAAGCAGAUUUCUCUUGGCAAAAGAAGAUGACACAACUUGAGAUGGAAAUUCAAGAGGCAUUUUUGCGCUUUAUGGCAUCGAUUUUAAAGGGCUACAGAACAUAUCUCAGACCAAUCACAGAGGCUCCUUCAAAUAAAGCUACAGCUGCUGAUUCAUUGUUUGACCGACAGGGAUUUUUAAAAAGUCGAGAUCGUGCCUAUACAAAAUUCUACACCCUUUUAUCCAAAACACAGAUUUUUAUUCGUUUCAUUGAAGAAUGUAGUUUUGUAAGUGAUAAAGAUACUGGAUUGGCUUUUUUUGAUGACUGCAUAGAAAAGUUGUUUCCUGAUAAAGGCACAGAGAAAACAGAUAAGGUUGACGUUGAUUCAGCAGAAGAUACCAAAUUGAUAGAGCUAGAUGAUUCACAGAAAAGUGAGCACACUGUAUUCAUAAUGCCACCCGAGCCACCUCCUGAUGACGGAAAGGACCUGUCACCCAAGUACAGUUACAAAUACUUUCCAAGACUGGACCUUAAGCUUUUUGACAGACCACAGGAGUUGAAACUUUGUUUUAGUAGACACCCUACUGGCAGUAGCAUUACAAACAGUCCAGCUCUCAUGGCUAAGAGAACUAAACAGGAGAUAAAAACAGCUCAUAAGUUGGCGAGGAGAUGUUACACAAAUCCACCACAGUGGGCCAAGUGUCUCUUCAGUCACUGUUACAGUUUAUGGUUUAUUUGUCUCCCAGCCUAUGUUAGAGUUUCUCAUCCUAAGGUCAGAGCACUUCAGCAGGCAUAUGAUGUGCUUAUUAAGAUGAGGAAAACAGAUGUGGAUCCUCUAGAUGAGGUGUGCUAUCGAGUAGUGAUGCAACUUUGCGGACUUUGGGGUCAUCCUGUUUUAGCAGUGAGAGUUUUAUUUGAAAUGAAAACUGCUAAAAUAAAGCCAAAUGCUAUUACUUAUGGCUAUUAUAAUAAGGUAGUUUUGGAGAGCCCGUGGCCUAGCAGUACCCGCAGUGGUAUCUUCUUGUGGACGAAGGUACGGAAUGUGGUACGUGGCUUGGCACAGUUUAGGCAGCCGCUUAAAAAUACCGUGCAAAAGUCACAGGUCUCCUCAAUAUCAGCUCCCCAGAAUGCCACAGGUGGAAGUGAUGGGGACACGGUGAGCCACGGUAGCGUGGAUAGUUCUAAUGAUGCUAACAGUGGGGAGCACACAGUCUUCGUCAGAGAUUUAAUCAGGCUUGAUUCCACUGACAAUCAGUCUAGCACAGGUGGUCAGUCUGACCAAGGCUAUGGGUCUAAGGAUGAACUUUUAAAGGACGAUGCAGAAAUUCAUGUGCCUGAAGAACAAAUGUCAGGAGACUUAAUAACUAAAACAGAAGAGGUGUGCAAUGUCUCUGCUGUUGUGGCCAGACAUUCUCAGCCUAGUGCAGAGCCCCAGAGUCCUGCUGAACCUCCUGCGUGGGGCGGCAGUAUUGUGAAAGUUCCAUCUGGUAUAUUUGAUAUCAACGGCAGAAAAAGUAGCACUGGUAGUACAUCAAGUGUAUUAUUUUCUAGUCAAGAUCCAGUUGAAGAUGCUGUCUUUGGUGAAGUUAUUAAUCUCAAGAAGAAUGGUGACAGAGGAGAAAAAAGACAAAAGCAUUUUCCAGAGAGAAGCUGUAGUUUUAGUUCUGAAAGUCGAGCAGGAAUGUUACUUAAGAAGAGUAGUUUGGAUUUGAAUUCAAGUGAAGUGGCUAUCAUGAUGGGAGCAGACGCCAAGAUUCUCACAGCACUGACAAGUCCUAAGGCUUCUCCACUCCAUAAUGCAAGAGCCCACAGCUUUGGGAGUAUUAGCUGCCAUCCCGCUGACGCUAGGACUCGCGCAUCUGAAAGCACUUGGGAUUCGGAGCACCGACUGUCGGUGUUAGAAAUGCUUGAGGAGAGCCAAGAGUUGAUCGAGCCUGGGGUUGAUGAACAUGUAGCUAAAGCUGCUAUGACAAAGGACACAUGUGACAGUCUACAAAAUGAUAGUAAUCAGUCCAGAGACUCGAAAGCAGGAUCCAGAGAUCUAGCAAAUAAGAGAAAUAGCUUGUAUGGUGUUGCUAAAGCUGUUGAGAGGGAAGAUGUUGAAACUGGACUAGAUCCUUUGUCUCUUUUAGCCACUGAAUGUAUAGGAGAAAAAACUGAUUCAGAAGAGAAGCUGUUUUCUCCAGUUAUUGCACGUAAUCUGGCUGAUGAAAUUGAAAGCUAUAUGAAUCUAAAGAGUCCCUUAGGUAGCAAGUCUACUAGUAUGGAACUACAUGGAGAGGGAAGCAGAGAGUCUGGUGCUACCAGUACAUUUAUUCACUCUUUAGAGAGGAGAUCAAGCCUACCUUUAGAUCAUGGUCCACCAGCACAGGAGAGUCCUGAAAGUGAAAAGGGCUCCCCUGCAGUGUCCAGGUCUAAAACUUCUACGGGGCGUCUCAAGCAACAGACUCCCUCCAGAAGUCCUAAGGAACGUUCAACUUCUUUAUCAGCACUGGUCCGUUCUUCACCACACGGCUCAUUGGGUUCUGUGGUAAAUUCUUUGUCAGGGCUAAAGCUGGACAAUAUCCUCUCAGGACCCAAGAUAGAUGUGCUAAAAUCUGGUAUGAAACAAGCAGCAACAGUAGCCAGUAAGAUGUGGGUGGCUGUAGCGUCUGCCUACAACUACUCAGAUGAUGAGGAGGAAACGAAUAGAGAUUACAGUUUCCCAGCUGGCCUUGAAGACCAUAUUUUGGGAGAGAAUAUAUCACCUAAUACGAGUAUCUCAGGGUUGGUCCCCAGUGAACUUACCCAGAGCAACACAAGCCUCGGCAGUAGUAGCAGCAGUGGAGAUAUAGGAAAACUGCAUUACUCACCAGGUGAACUUCCAUUUCCAAGAGGCAUAAAAGGGCAGGAAUUUGAAAAGUCAGAUCAUGGUUCUUCUCCAAACACCAGCAUGUCCAGCAUCUAUCAGAAUUGUGCAAUGGAGGUUUUGAUGUCAAGUUGUUCACAGUGCAGAGUUUGUGCAGCUUUGGUUUAUGAUGAAGAAAUUAUGGCUGGAUGGACGGCAGAUGAUUCAAAUUUGAAUACAGCCUGUCCCUUCUGUAAAAGCAACUUCUUGCCUCUUCUCAAUAUAGAAUUUAAAGACUUGAGAGGCUCUGCAAGCUUUUUCUUGAAACCAAGUACCUCUGGUGACAGUUUACAAAGUGGCAGCAUUCCAUUGGCAAGUGAACCUUUGGAGCACAAACCCAUAUCCAGUUCAGCAGAACCUGACCUGAUCAACUUUACGGAUUUGCCAAAACAUAACCAGACCAUUACUGAAGAAACAAGCUCUGCAGUUGAAUCAAGUGAUGAAAUAAUGAAAGCCAGCGGAGAUGUCCAAACUAUGAAAAUUUCACCUGUGCCUAAUAGUUUAUCAAAACGAAAUGUGUCUUUGACUAGAAGUCACAGUGUUGGAGGUCCCUUGCAAAAUAUGGACUUUUCCCAGCGACCGUUUCAUGGCAUUUCAACAGUUAGUCUUCCAAACAGUCUGCAGGAAGUUGUGGAUCCUUUAGGAAAAAGACCCAACCCUCCCCCUGUUUCUGUGCCUUACUUGAGUCCUCUAGUGCUUCGCAAAGAACUUGAAUCUUUGCUAGAAAAUGAAGGCGAUCAGGUGAUUCACACGUCCUCAUUCAUCAAUCAACAUCCAAUCAUUUUCUGGAACCUCGUUUGGUAUUUCAGGCGUUUGGAUCUUCCUAGUAACUUGCCAGGACUUAUCCUCACUUCUGAACAUUGUAAUGGAGGCGUACAGCUUCCCCUGUCAUCUCUGUCCCAGGAUAGCAAACUUGUUUAUAUUCAGCUGUUAUGGGAUAAUAUCAACCUUCAUCAGGAACCAGGAGAACCUCUGUAUGUCGCAUGGAGAAAUUUUAAUUCUGAAAAGAAAUCAUCUCUCCUGUCAGAGGAACAACAAGCAACAAGCACUUUAGUAGAAAUCAUCAGGCAGAGUAUUCAACAUAAUGAUGUUCUUAAACCCAUCAACCUACUUGCACAACAAAUGAAGGGAGAUGUGAAAAGACAAAGGAGUUUAUACAGAGAAAUCCUCUUCUUAUCAUUAGUAUCUCUUGGAAGAGAGAAUAUUGAUAUUGAGGCUUUUGACAAUGAGUAUGGACUUGCAUACAACAGUCUGUCUCCAGAUAUUCUUGAAAAGUUGCAGAAAAUUGAUGCUCCACCAAGUAUCAGUGUGGAAUGGUGCAGGAAGUGUUUUGGAACGCCUCUCAUUUAAAUAUAACAGAUUAGGGCAACAAUUGUCUAGAUUUUUGACACAGUGCUGGGGGAAUAGACUCAAUCUGGAGACAUUCAAGGUUUUUUCAUAAUACAAAUUGGCGAAAACAGAAAUGAACUUAGUCUUGGGACAGUAUUUAUGAUGAAAUCAUACUGAAUCAUCUCAGUGUAAAAAUGCCAUUAAAAUGCCCCAAGGUUUAUUGAAGAUUUACAAUUUCUGAGCUGUUUAUAUCUGCUGAAAAUUGGUAUUACCUUUUUCAGUAUUUCUAGUAGUUUGAUAAUGGAAAACCACUCUUGGCAUUUUGUUUGUUUGAAGCUGUUGUUUGGGGGAGCGGCAAAUUAACGUAAACUUGCCUAACCCCCAAACAAAUGAAAUCUCGAUUAUAACAGCAACUGUUUGUGUAUUGUGUAUAUAUGUGUGGCUGUGUAGGUAUCUAUUCAGCCAUAUUGUAUUUAUUAAAAUUCUUAAAUUGCAUGUUGCAAUAGUUUUUUGAAAGGGGUUUCCAACUAUUAAAAUGACUACUACUAAACUCAUAUGUAGUCAUUUAAGUUCAAAAUUACCUGAAAGUCUGAUGAAAACUGCCAUGCCUUUGACUUCAAAAUUAAUAUAUUAUUUUUACCCUUCAUGCUAUAUAUUAGCUCCCUUAACGGGUUAUAUUUCAAAUAUCCAGUUCCUUCAUCCUCUUCCCAGUACCAUGUUAAUUUGCAACAGCUUUAAAAUGGAAUAAAUGAGCCAAAUAGUUUAAAUGAAAUUAGAUCAGCAUCAUAAUUUACAAAAUUAAAAUUCUUGUGUAUGUCUUUGGGUCUGAAAUUGUUCAGGCACAUAAAUUGUUGCUAUUGUUCACUUUUAAAAACCUGUGGAAUAACUUGCACUGCAGAAUUCUAUUCUUGUAUAUUUAGAUUGUAUGCUUAUUUGUGCAUUUGUAAAUAUGGUUUUUUAGGAUGAAUCAAUUAAGUCUUAAAACAUUAAAGCUUAUUAAGCUUGUUGCUUGUAGGUUUAAGAAAAUCAUGACCUCACAUGCCUCACUGACAUUCAUGCCUUUCAUUAAACCAUCCCUUAAGGAUAGUAAAUUUGUCUUCCUUACCUUUGCAUGCAUGGUUUGAAAAACCAGUGAUUGUGUGUGCUUCCUUUUCUAGUAAUUAUGCAGAUGACUGAAUCACAGUUGAUAACUAUUUCCAGAUGGUACAGUUAACAUCAUACAGUUACUAUACCAAUCUUCCAAGAUUUCAGGGUUAUUAAGACCUAUGCAGAAUCCUUGUUUCAAUUUAUGGUUAAAGUGCUGAGUGAAAGAACUUUAGAAUUCUCAUUGCCUUAAAAAUGAUCUUUUGCACUGUCUCAGAGUAUAUUAUUUUUUGCAACUUAAAACUUGGUACUAGUUUUAAUACUUUUAACACUGCCCCAUGGAAUUACCUUGCAUAUAAAAAAAAUUGAGGUUGAAUAAAGUGAAAACUUCACAAGUUUGCUGUUCUCGUCUCUUACAUUUUUAAGGCUCCUGAAAUGUGCACAAUAAUUCAAGUUCUUGUGGUCUUCAGAAUUCCAGUAUUGUCUGUUUUCCCACUUUAGUUAAAAUUAUUGAAAACCACAGAAAAUUACUUAACAAAACACUUCCCACUAAAAAUUACUGAUGAUGUAUUCCUAAAUCUUACACAUUUAGGAAUAUUAUGAAUUUUACAGGAACUAUUAAUCUAAAAAACAUUCAUUGUAAAGCUUAGCCUAUUUAGAAAUAAGACUGAUUUGUAUUAAAGUUGCUUAAAGGCCUUUUCUAGCACCUACCACUGGGCAAUAGAAAUUUAUAGCAAAAACAAAGACAAAACAUCAAAUCAUUGAGACUUAAAUCUAAUUAACUUCUGAAAACCCAUCUUUCAAAAUAUGCCAGGUUAGCAUUUCCUUACUCUGGUUUUAGAUUAACUGCAUCAGCUGCAUUUUAUACAUUGAUUAUAGCAACCUGCAUUUUGCAAUGUUAAAGUUUUAAAUCUACCAGAUUUCAUGAGCUAGAAUGGUUGAGGCCCACCUCAUUUAUCCACGUUAGGGGACUGUACUCCUUGAAAUCAGGGUUGUUCUCAUGUUUUAUGCAUUAGAAUCAAACAGCUACUGGGUUAGAAUUCUGGAUUUAUACUAGACCUGCCUGCCUUUUGGCCUGUUACCCUUUAAGACUCUAACUUCUCUGUCAAUUGCCAAUUGAAGUUUUGUAACUCUUAAGAGUUAAGGGUCCUAUACAGCAGAAAUUAACAACACUGUAAAUCACCUCACUCCAAUUUAAAAAAGACCUGUGGAUCCCCUCUAUGAAUCUUGCCCCAAACUACCCAAUCAUCAUCCACUUUUUAGCCAGAUCCUUGGGUAAUUCUUCUGCACACUCUUAACUGAAGCACUUCUUCAGUCUCUAUCUACAUGCCAAAGCCACUUUGAAAAUUUUACUCACCUGUGUAAAUAUGUAAUUUCCGAAAAGAAGUACCUUUUAAAACCUAACGUACCUUCUUUCAAGACCCUCUCGUUUGUUAAGGGUUUGAAUAAAGGUUCUAACUGCAGUAACUAUAGAAAGCAGACAUGGUACAUACAGAAAAAAAAAUCACUUUUGGGAAUUCCCUGGUGGUCCAGUGGUUAGGAGUAUGCUCUGAAUGCCACAGGUCUGGGUUCAAUCCCUAAUCAGGGAGCUAAGAUCCUACAUCCCAUAAACCACACAGUACAAGGUAUACUUUCUGUGCACAUCCUUCAUAGAUGCAAUAGUGUCUAAAAACAGGUACAGUCAAGUCCCUUGGAGAGUGUGAAAUGUAAUAAAAAUGUAAAUUCACCUGAGUUGAAAAGGUUUCUGUUAAUGUAUUAAAUCUGCACUGUUUUUAAAAGCUUUGUAAAAACUUAUGCUAAAAAUGGUAUCCAUUAACUGUGUUUGUCACAAGUUACUCUUUUUACAUAUGACAAUGUCCAUCUUCACAAAGGCACUUUUCAUAUAUCGUGUAGAAACUACAUUCCUUAAAAUAAAGGCUGUCAAAGAUUAA